AUGACUCCUCCCUUGCGCCUCUUCGCCGCCGCUAGGCCCCAGCGCCUGCGUCAGUCUUCGUCAACCUUCUCGACGCCGGAGCCGUUGGGCGACGGUGAGGAGCAGCCGUCGUCUCCACGGCCACGCUUUCGACUUAAGAGGCGGAACGUGUCGCACCUGACCGCGCCCACGCAGCAGUUCCUCGCCUCGGUCGCCGCCGCUGACGUCCCCGUUCCCAGCAUCGAGGAGCCUCAGGUGUUGGACGACGACGACAUGCUCGACGCCGCCAUCUACCCCAGACUCCCCCACUUUGCACUUUCCCACCUUGACCACGUCGCCUUCCAGGAGCAGACUUCUCGCCACCAGCCGCUGGCCUUUGCACUACCAAAGACGCCGGCGCCACGAGACAUCCCCUCCAUCUCGCCGCGAUGCUUCCCCGACUGGUCCGUCGAUGGCUCCUUCGGCAGCCUCGAGUCGAGCCCGGACUGCGAGUCGAGCCGGCCGUCGACUGCUCGGUCGACGCAAACAAGCGCAUCCGUCUUUAGCCAGUAUUCCUUGACGUCGGACCUGAGCCAAUGCGCGAGCCCCGAGCAUGGCCACGGCCACGCCGACCGUUUCGGACCGCUGCUCUCGGCACACCGCGUCGACGGCACCCUCGACGGGCACCCUGCUCCGAGCUCCAGGAAAGCUCCUUGGACCAAGGCGAUGAGCAAUCACGUCUGGGCCGUCUACGUCAUGUAUCUGCAGGAUCCCAAAGUCUCUCCCUUUCGAAUCGGAAAGAGCGGCAUCCCUCCGUCGGGUGUCUGCAUGCGCGUCGCCCGCCAGGUCAAGCGGUCCUGGAAGGGAUCGCGGCCGCAGUCGCAAGCCAACGACGAUGGCAGGGAUGGAAGCGCAACGCCGACGGCCGAAGCAACGGUGCCCUUUGUCGAAUGGCCGCACACCUGCGCCGCCACCCGCGCUCACCUGCGAGACCUGUGCAAGGCGAACGGCGGCGGCGGUCCGGUCCGCCAUGCGCUGCGUCUCCCCCGCAGCGCUACCCCCACGACCGCUCGCUUCCGGAACCGCCAGCCCGCGCCUCUCCGAUCCGCCUCCGUCUUUUCCGCCUCCGACAUGGCCAUGUCCCUGGCCGUCUCCACCUCGGAUUCCAUGCAGCCGCAAGGGCCGUUGGCCCGGCUCUCGACCACGUCGCGUACCGCCUCCGCCUCCACGGCGACUCCGGAUGUCUUCGCCGGCGCCGGUCCCAACCCUACCCCUGGCGCCAGGCAACUGGCGAUGGCCUCCCAACCACGACUGGGAUCCCCCUUUACGGCCAGAAGCUACGGCCCAAGUUCCUCCAACACCCUCGACGACGGCUUCGAACGAGCUGCCGAGCCGCAAAGACAGAGCCGCACCGUCGGCACGCGACUCAGCCUUGGAUCCCCUGUGAGACUCGGCGGCAGCCGCCCUUGCACCCAAAAGCGACCGUCUUGUCCGUCCGUCUGGGAGCCUCGCAAGUCGAAGCGGCCCAGCCUUGGUUCCGACUUCUGGACCGAUCCAUCCUCCGCCACCGACGACCCUUCCGGUCUGGAGCCUGCAGCUGCCGAAUUCUGUUCCACCAACUCGAGCCAGCGCGAUUCGCUUUUCGUCCCUCGGGUCAACGUCCAGGAGCUGUUUGAAGCGUCGCACCCGCCCAGCGCGCCGCCCAGAGCGACGGCGGCCUCCUUGAACUCGCUCACGGCGCCUAUAGCUGCCCCUCCUCGGCUGGGUUCGCCAUUUGCCGGCAAGAGCCAAAGCUUUUCGUUCCCCGCCCGACACUCGAACAUGUCGAUGGCCGACUUCGCGGCCGCCCGUCGCCCCUUUUCUACCGUGCAUCAACUGGAAGGCAGCUCUGCCCGCCCGAGGAGGCUGUCUCUUGCCAACCGUCUAGCGUACAUUGACGAAAGGCUCAAAGAUUUGCGCCGAAGAGGUCCUCACGAACGACGGUCCCAUUCGCCCGUCUGA